UAUUUGACUUUGUCUGAAACCGAGCUAUCACAAUGGCCAGAUGGUGGCGCUGCAGGAUAAGAUAGCGAACAUUUUGCAAAAUACCAACGUUUUAGCCAGUGAACUUGAGCGUGCUAGAGAGGCAGAGAGAAAGAGGCUUUCAAGCGAAAGGUAGGGCGUCCACAACUCCCCUCGGAAGGGUUACAAAUCGAUACCCUCAAGGUUCCAGGCUGAUAAGAUGACAGGAAUGACUUCCAGAGUUGCCUGAGAUCGAGUUGACGCGCCUGUGCCAAGAGAUGUUCGGCAAAGGAGCCAUGGAGCUGGCAGAGGGGACCAGUCAGCAGAAAAGGCAAGUGCUGCUUUUCUUUGUCUUCCUGGGAGGAUCUCUAGUGGGUUCUGAAACCCUGCGCUAUUCUGUGGCAGAGGAAAUGGAGCUCGACUCCUUUAUAGCCAACGUAGUGAAAGACGUGGGUUCCGGGGUGGAAGAUCUGGCUGCUCGAAGAGCCAGAGUCAUCUUUGAUGAUUACACACCACAUUUGCGGUUGGAUCUGCAGACCGGAGACUUGCUCACAAAUGAGCAACUGGAUAGGGAGGCACUCUGCGAUCUCGCUGAACCAUGUGUUUUGCACUUCCAAGUGUUACUUGAAAAUCCUUUACAAUUUUUUCGGGCGGAGCUUUGGGUUAAAGAUAUAAACGAUCACACCCCCACGUUCAUAGACAAGCAUGUCCUUUUGAAAAUCCCAGAAAGUUCUGCUCCAGGAAGCUCGUUCCAAAUGGAGAGUGCGCAAGACCUAGAUGUAGGACAGAAUGCUGUCCAGAACUACACCAUCAGCCCCAACCCCCAUUUUCUUCUUAAACUACAAGACAGCGGUGGGCUCAGGAAAUACCCGGAGUUAGUGCUGGACCAACCUCUAGAUCGAGAAAAGGAGCCCGAGCUUAGUGUCACGCUAAUCGCCAUGGAUGGCGGGUCUCCGCCCAGGUCUGGGACUGCCUCCAUUCGCAUUGUUGUCCUGGAUGUCAAUGACAAUGCCCCUCAGUUUGAGAAGCCAGUCUAUGAAGUUCAGGUACCAGAGAACAGCCCUCUGGACUCCGUGGUCCUAACGGUAUCUGCUACGGAUUUAGAUGCAGGAAUAAAUGGAGAACUAUCUUAUUCAUUUUCCCAUGCCUCCAGAGACAUGCAGCAAACAUUUGAAAUUCAUCCAAUUUCUGGCAAAGUUCACUUAAAAGCACUUCUAGAUUUCGAGCUAAUUCAGUCUUAUAUAAUAAAUGUCCAAGCCAUUGAUGGUGGAGGCCUUGCUGGAAAAUCAGUCAUUCUUGUUCAGGUUGUAGAUGUGAACGACAACUCACCAGAAAUAACCAUGACAUCUCUUAGCAGCCCCAUACUGGAAAACUCCCCACCAGAGACAGUGGUCGCGGUGUUCAGAGUACGUGACAAAGACGCAGGAGAGAACGGUAGUAUGGUAUGCUCAAUUCAGGACCAUCUCCCCUUUCUCCUGAAGCCUACCUUCAAGAAUUUCUACACCCUAGUGACUGAGAGCCCUUUGGACAGAGAGACUAGAGCAGAAUAUAAUAUCACCAUCACCGUCACCGACUUGGGGUCCCCCAGGCUGAAAACCGAGCACACCAUCAGGGUGCUGGUCUCCGACGUCAAUGACAACUACCUGGUCAUUGCGUUGGCCUCGGUGUCUUCGCUCUUCCUCUGCUCUGUGCUCCUGUUUGUGGCUGUGAGACUGUGCAGGAGGAGGAGGGCCGCCUGGGAGGGUAGCUGUUCGGUGCCUGAGGGCCGCUUUCCAAGCCACUUGGUGGACGUGAGUGGCACAGGGACUCUGUCCCAGAGCUACCAGUAUGAGGUGUGUCUGACAGGAGGUUCAGGGACCAAUGAAUUCAGGUUCUUGAAGCCAAUCCACCCCAACCUGGCACCCCAGGGUAAUGAAAAGUUAGUGGAGGAAAGCUCAGCCUUUCUUAAUGCCUUUGGGUUUAGUUAGAGAUCUGAUUAUGAUGCAAAGGUUUUAGAAUGGCUUUUGUCAUUGUUAUGUAAAUUAGGUUUGGGGGUCCCUUCAACUUAAGAGUUUUCAUAUAUUUUCAUAUAUGAGUUAAUCCUUUUGUUUUCUGCUUCAUAUUAACUCUGAAAAAGUUAAAGGAGCUGGAGUCUGUGCAGAAUUUGUUCCCAAAUUCCACUGAAAAUAAUGGAUUCAAUAUACAGCAUUUCCCCUUCCAGCUCAAGUGCACACACUUAGCUCAGUCAUAUUGUGUGGCUAUUCUAGCUCAAAAUCCUCUACAAAAGUGUUUAUGUUUUGCUCGAUACAAUUGAUGUAUAUAUUGUUAUAAGAGCUGUAAGAGCCCCCCCGUAAUGAUUUAAAAAUAAAAUCAA